AGGCUAUGAUGAAAAACACAUGUCUGCUAACAAUGCCUUUCAAUGUCUGUCUCGUGGAAAGUAAUAAGCGAUGAUCAGCAGAACUAAGUUAGUCAGACAUCACCCAGGGUACUAGGAGGACCAUUCAUUUUACUUCUUUUUAUUAGGGGAAUAUUUAGUCUCACGUUCUUAAACUACUACAGUCAACUCUGAAGGUUUGCACAGCUUCUUUACUGCUGUAUUUGGGACAUUAUAUUUUUCCUGCAACUGUGGUGAACAGAGGACAUUUAAAAACAACUUACAGUGCACACGAAGACACCAUGAAGGAAUUUUUGCUCAUCUUCUUCUUUGGUUUCUGCUCCGCAUAUCCAUACUGGACAAACUCAUUUAAGGAUUUUAUGCUCACAAAAAAUAUAAUGUUACAAGACAUGGAUGAUAGUAAUAGUCUACUUCCAGUCAAGCGGUUACCACGACAGCAACCAACAGCCUUUGUUCCACAACUGAGGACUACAUAUUCACCACGAGUGCGGACAACAUCUUCUCCUAGAGUGAGGACAACACCAUCUUCACCACGAGGGAGGACAACACCACGGUUACACCCAAAUGCACUUCCUCCACCAUUUGUGUAUUCAGUAUGUCCUUUUGGGUGUCAGUGUUUCAUGAGAGUUGUCCAGUGCUCAGAUCUCGGUUUAACCUCCGUACCUGAAAACAUUCCACCUGACACCCUUAUGAUAGAUCUUCAAAACAACAAAAUUACAGAAAUCAAAGAAAAUGACUUCAAGGGUCUUAAAUCCCUUUAUGCAUUAUUUUUACUUAACAACAGAAUAUCAAAAAUCCAUCCAAAGGCAUUUCAAUCUACAAAGAAGCUCCAGCUUGUGUAUCUAUCGCACAACAGGCUAACACAGAUUCCUAGCAACCUUCCAAAAUCAUUAGCGGAAUUCAGAAUCCAUGACAAUAAGAUUAAGAAAGUACAAAAAGAAGCCUUCAAAGGAAUGAAGGCCUUACACGUUUUAGAAAUGAGUGCAAAUCCCCUUGAAAGUGAUGGAAUAGAAGAUGGAGCUUUUGAAGCAGCAACUAUCUACUACAUAAGAAUUGCAGAGGCUAAACUAAAGUCAGUACCAAAAGAGCUGCCAAAUACCCUACUGGAGCUUCACCUUGAUCACAACAAGAUAGAAAAUGUUGAACUUGAAGAUUUCAUGCGCUACAAGGGACUUUACAGGCUCGGCCUAGGAUACAAUAAAAUCAAGGAAGUAGAAAAUGGAAGUCUAGCUCAUCUACAGCAUAUUAAAGAAAUUCAUCUGGAGAACAAUAAACUUAGUAAAGUGCCUGUUGGCUUAGGACAGCUCAAGUAUCUACAGGUUGUGUAUCUCCAUGAUAACAAUAUUGCCAGUGUGGGAGUGAAUGACUUCUGCCCUGCAGGAUCUCGGAUUAAGAAGACAUUCUACAAUGGAAUCACUCUUUACAACAACCCAGUAAAACACUGGCAGAUUGAACCCUCCACCUUUCGAUGUAUGGGCAAUGGACAGGGUCUACAUAUUGGAAAUUUUAAGAAGUAAACAAUCAUUCAAGGAUUGGAAGGAAAUCCAUAUAAAUAUAUACAUAAUGGACUGUUUCAGUUUUUAGAUGCUACUACUUGAGAAGUAUGUAUCUUAUUAUAUAUAACUGCAGUGCAGAAUAUAGCUUUGAAGUUAAUUACACAGAAAGGUAAAAGUAAUAGAAGUCCAGUUUUAGGUUAUUAGAUGUUUUGUUACUGUACUGUUUGCAAAAGACACAAAACCAGAGUGUAAGCAAAAAGAUACAGCUUGUUCUACAUGCAUGUUCAAAUCACAAAAAUCUAUAAGAAAAAUAUUAAGGAAAAAAAGAAAACAUGUCACCUCACAAAUGUCCUUUAAAGAAAUCAUGUGCAUUUAUAUUUGUCAAUUUUCUUUCAUAUUUUUUCUCUCUUGUAAAAUACAGAGCUUGAGGCAUAAGCAAGUGUAAUCACAAUUAUACAAUACUUGAUUGAUUUACAUAGGUGGUAAUUAGAAGCUGUUUUAUUUACACAUGCAGCUGUAUUUAGGCUGCUCCAAAGUUAGUUUUAUUACUGCAAUUAAAUGUAGAACGUAAAUUAUCUUAACUUUAUGUACUUUUCAGCAUAAUUUAUUAACAAAAAUUCAUGUCUGCUUUGCUUUGCAUUUGCCAGUAUAAAACUAUUCGAUAAACAAGUGCUUAUGGUAGUAGAGAAAGAUAAUUAUGUUAACAACAGUAGAGUAAAAUAGUAUACUACUCUGCUAAAAAAAUUCCAGAUAAUAAAAACCUCAGAACUGGACUUAAAGAGACGUAAACAGAAAUGGUUAAGUUUAACUUAGUACUAGCUAAGAGGCUGAAACACUAGAAUUAGACUGAAUGGUAUCACACAAUGUGGAAUCCUCAGCAUAACAGAAGAGUAUACAACAAAACAAUUCAGUAAACGUGUCACUUGCACAGUUAAGCAAGCAUAUUCUAGUCAAUAGGGAAUGAAAAAGUAAGCAGUGCAAACACAUCUUCAAGAAUAAGUUAACAUCAGUCAGUCGAGCCACCUCCAGUGUAUCACACUUAGCUUUAUUGACAACAUUUUCUGUAGCUCCUUCUUGUAAUGGCAAUGGCUAUAUCUUUUUUCCCCAGUGCUGUACAUUCAUAACUGCUGUUAGGUCAUAAUGGUGUGUAUCCAGUUAUAACUGUUUGUUCUGAGCCUGUUACAUUAGCACAGAAGAAUAAAGCACUGACCAUGGGCCCAAGUGACCCGAGUUCAACUACUGGCUCAGGUGUUUGACAGCGCAGGUAAAGCAGGAUGGGUGUAUCCAUCAUGAGGGAAGCAGGAUGAUCACAUUCCUCAGAGGAUGGGGUGGUGCAGGGCAUAUCCUGAGAGUGGUCCUUGGCUUACUAAGCCAUAAACUGGUUGGCUGUAGCUUUUGUUGGCAGGGGGUCAGAAGCAUGCACCUGCAUGGCCAAAAGCACAGUGGGUCCACACAGUGAAGAAAAUAGCUGAUAUCCCUGACCAAGUGUGGUAUGAGGCCACAGAAAUUAUCUCUGACCCAAGGAUUCUAGGAAGACCACAGAAAAACCUCAUGGUAGUCUGUGCGGCAUCUUCACCAGGUGACUCUCACUCCUAUAUGGUACUAGGUACGUCCCUUGUAUGGAGGAACAAAUUGAGCCAGCCUAAUAAAGGAUAUGAUCAUAAGGAAAAAAAAAAUCUGUUUGUUCUGAGAAUACAGAACAACAUGCUGAAAGGUGCAAGGGCUUCAAAAAAUGUUCCCAUAAUGCAAAUUGCUACGUUUAAAAAAAGGUAAAUCUGGUGUAAAUAUCCAUUCAUUUACUCCUCUAUAAUGACUUGAUUCUAUUCAGAGUUGAGGGUUCAGAACAAAUACAAAAACUAUAAAAGCAGACAGUUAACACUAGGAAGCAACUGAAGUACCUGUAAAAAACAAAAUGAUGGCCAAGGUCUGUGCCGUUAGAGACAGCCGUACAUACACACACAAUAUUGUGAAAAUUAUUACAAUCCAAUUUACUCUGCUUCACUACAUAAUUUAAACUCUACCAAGAUAUUUAGAGUAUUUUCUUAUCUAAAGGUGCCAUUCAGCAUGCGAUGAGGACCUCUGUGUUAAAGGCUCAUUUUACCGCACUCUUUCUGAACAUAAGAAUCAAUCUUGGAUACCAGUCUAUCACAGGUUCAUACAUGCAUCAAAUGCAUACUGACAGGCAAUUUAGUCGAUUGUGAAUUAACCUACUUGAAUGUAUUUGGGUUGUGGGAUGAAUUGGAACACCCAGUAAAAAACUCACACAGACAAAGUGGCUUCACUUUAUGUUCUUGAGCAUUAUGAUCAUGAGAAUCACUUGUCCACUCUAACCAGAGUGAAAAAGGCGAUUACCCGAGACUGCUGUGUGCUGUUUUGUGGACAUAAUUCUUUUUCUGUUAUUGUGUGACAGUAGAGUUACUCUAAGUAUAUGGGGAGGAGGAUUUCCUCCAAGUAGAGGUGCAGGGGAGCCACCCUCCUGCAAAAACAUGUUUUUGACCUAUACCAUUACUAUGCAGGUUAGGGGCAGCCUAUGAAAUUGUUUAAAUGAGGAUACACAAUGAGAAUGAUCGGGAGUUAAGACUUCAUAGCAGAAGCGGACAAAGGAUAAAGGGACAAUACAGCAACUCUGCUGAAGGCACCGUGGAUAAUGCCAGAGAAUUAAUCAACCAUGAGACAGCAACACUAACCACUGUACCACUGUGCCCACUUGAUACAAACAGCCUACACUUAUUUAUUACUAUUACCUCCACACAAUAACCAGGAGAUACCUUCUCCAACAGCAGAAGUUUCCAAGGACACAUACUCUUGCUUCCCUUAGUAAUUCAGAAUAAUGUAAUUUGCUUUUAAAUCCAUGUCAGUGCAGGGAAACAAUUGAGGUAACUACUGACUUCAUCCUUUAAAUAAUUGAACAAAUCUGUUCUACAAUCUUUCACUCUCGUUUUAUGACAGCUACCAUACGGCAUCAUUAAUUCUUUAAAGCAAAAGCAGUGUAAAUAUUCACAGCUCAGUAAACACGAGCUACAAAGUAUAUGUUAUAUACCUAAAAGCUUCCCAAGAUGGCUUAGGACUAAAGUCCACUGCAAUACAUUAUGCCUAUUUUUUCAACAAAGUUAAAAAAAAUGUGUAGUCCAUUUCUCUUGGGGAAAAUAUUAUAGGCUGUUAAAUGCCUUUUAUCCAUAUUGAGAACAGCUUCUUGUUGACAGCCUGCAUAGUCUCAUUUAAUGUAGCCAUUCCAAGUCAAGUAGCAUUGCUGAAGGACAAAUGGUACUCAUCUAAUAAAUAAACACUUAGAAAAACAUUCCAAUCACUACAAAUAACUUCAUUUUCAAAACUCGUAUCUGCCGAGCAGAAGGACGUCCCUUUAAAAAUUAAUUGUGCAUCAUGACUUACAUGAUAUAUGCCUACUGAUACCCAUGACUGGUGGAUCUGACAUAGGGAAGCAAGUUGCAACAUUAGGCAGUGAACAGGUCACACAGCUUUGGUAAGGUAUGCAAUAUGCAACUAUAAAUGGAGCAAAGGAAGGAGGAGUAAACCAGGGGGAACGGAACAAAGAAGAUAUGCAUACGUAGCAUGGUAAUAAACUUCACUGUAGGAAUUACGUGCAAAUACAAUAAUUAAGUUAAGAAGGAAGCAGACUGCAGGAUACCUUCAUCCAUUUUCUACACUCACUGCUAGAAAUACUGACAAUCACCAUUUAGUAAGGCAGAAGGUAUGUUCUACUGUAAACUAUUUCCAUGCAUUGGGGAAAUGGGGAUAGCCACUCUACACCCUGACAUUUUGCUCCAUGGAAAAUAAGCCCCAUUUUCCACAACACACACAGCAGAAGAGAAUAUCACAGCACGUUAAAGCUCCAUCUCUCCCUUAUACACUAAAUAACUAACACAGCAAUGGUAAGAAUGAUUCCAGGAAGUUGAAGCAUGCAUAUGCACAGGUACAAUCAGGAUCUCUUGGUGGGCCAUUCCCUGCUGAAGAAGAACACCCGUAAAAUCACCAUUUCGAAACAGGCUUCAGGUAAAUGCAACAUCAAAACCAUUAAGGAAAAAAAGCUGUAUAUGACCCCAUGAGCCAUUCUUAGAUACUACACCAUCAUGCUAAUAUCUAAAUCCUGAAUCCAGAUGAUGCCUGAGACAUAUAAACAAGGUUCUUGAAGUACCUUAUUCUUCUACAUUACUGGGUCACGCCAGCAUGUUUAUUUUUUCCUGGCCUUAACCUUAACAGUGAUAAUGUGAUUUGUCACUGUUCUGAACCCACAAAUGACAGCACUAUGAAAUGGUUUCAGGUCUUGCAAGUUGUUAGCUCAGUACUCUUUAGCACUGGCUUUCAGUGAGUGAAUAAGCACAUUGCCAGACCCAUCAGAAAUUGUACUGAUAUACCCAGCUGAUGAGUAUGAACGCAAUCACAACAGUGUAACACGAGCAUUUGACUUGGUUACUGUACAGUUUUUACUGCUAUAUACUGGCAAAUUUAUAAUGUAAAUAUUUUAAUAAAAGUCUGAAAAAAUCA